AUGUCCGAGUCUGCUCUGUGGGCAUUGAACCCUUCGCGGGCGCGCCAGACAGUGCCGUUCGUGCGAAGCGGCGUUCAAGGCCCAAGGGCCGAGGCCCGUGGCCGUCAGAAGAAUGUGAAUGUCGUCGAUGCCAACACCCCCAUGCCUCUUCCCCCGCCACGGGCAAUUUUAAGGGUCCAGUCGCAACAGCUGCUCACGCGAACCAGAGCUACGCCUCAGCUGCAAGCGAACCAGCGUUUUCUACUGUGGUACAGCAGUCACGCCGGCCACACCCUGCCUAUCCUUGGCCCGCAGAUCAAGGCCGCAGAUCGUGACCAGUAG